AUGAUUUCAGAUUCCAUCCCUAAAGAACUCAUCCUCGAGAUAAUGUUGAGAUUGCCUGCAAAGUCAAUCGCGAGGUUUCAUUGCGUGUCGAAGCAAUGGGCAUCAAUGCUUAGUCGUCCAUAUUUCACAGAAUUAUUUCUCACCAGUUCCUCAACUCAGCCGCGUCUCUUAUUCGCCAUCAAAAGAAAUGGUUUAUGGUGUUUCUUCUCUUUGCCUAAGCAUCAGAGUCCGUAUGAUAAUUCAUCGUCGUCUCUUGUAGUAGCGGCCGACUUUCAUAUGAAGUUCCUUCCAAACAAAAUACAGAUGUAUUCUUCUAGUGAGAACCGAAAACUAUCUUGCUGUUAUGCCUCUGGUUUGACUUAUUUCUAUGAUAUGUACUCUGAAGUGCGUGUGAUAUGUAACCCUAUAACGGGCCGGUAUGCAUCCUUACCUUAUCUGAAAAGGUACAGAAAGGAAUUAAGCUUUUUCGGGUUUGAUCCAAUUGACAAGCAAUUCAAGGAAUGGUUAAAAUAUGCUUACAGUUUGAGGGAUGAUAAAUUCUUUACUCAUGACGUUUUCGUUGUUAGAGUGACUGCUACAGAGAUGAACACUAUCCAACGUGUUGAAAUCCAAGGUUUUGGAGAAUGUCAGCAUGAAUAUGACUACUAUCGUAGUAGAGUAGUUUACGUCUUCGCAGACCAUGUUGAGGAUCUUGAUGUUAACGAUCCAAAGCUACUCGAGUCAAAAGAAGAAGAAGAAGAAGAAGAAGAAGAAGAAGAAGAAGAAGAAGAAGAAGAAGAAGAAGAAGAAGAAGAAGAAGAAGAAGAAGAAUCAAAAGAACGAGAAAAGGAGAAGAAGAUAGAGACGGUCAUCGGAGGUUGGAUAAAGCAAUAUUGGGCAUGCUUUUUGCGCAAGUCUUGGGAAUUAAACCCGCAUCGUUAG